CUUCCUGAGGCUUAUUAUUUACAGGUGCGCUCUUAUUGGUCGAGUUACUGAUCUAAAUGACGACCAGCAAAUAUAAAGUGUCAGAAAAGCCGCUGUAGAUAGUCGACUAGUGUUUUUAAUAGUCUGGUUGGUUUGCGUGAACUCGAGGAGCCGCAGGUUGAGCUUGCAACUUAAACCCGAGUGGCUUCUUGUCUUGUAAUUUGACCUGAUUAUUUUGGAAAAUGAGCUUCAGUGGCCUUGCACCAUUUGCCAGCCAAGAGAACAUCUCUGCUCAGGGAAGGGUGGAUGGUCCUUGUGUAAAAGCUGGCCAAAGGGUUGUGCUGGGUGUUUUGACUGAAAAUGAUCAUCAUAGAAGAAGUAAUCACGGCGUUCCAGCUAAACAUGGAUCAGCGCUGCACAAUGUGUCUGGCCAUGACAAUGAUUCCUAUCAUUGGUCCUCUUCUGCCUUUGGUAUUCGGGUCGCUGAGCCGAUUGUGGAACGAGCUGUUAAACCUAUUGGAGAUCAUUUGAUUUCUCUUAACCCUUCAGAGCUUCAGAUUUUGACUGCUGUUAAUGAUCUUACCUCAGGAUCGAGUUUGGAUGCUUCUAUGCAGUCGUUGCCUGAGGAGGGAGCAGCCACUUCAGAAGAAAUCUUGUCGGCUGCUGAAUAUGCAGAUGAUAUCCAUAAUCACCUGCGAGAAAGUGAGUUGAGAUAUAGGCCAAAGCCUGGUUAUAUGAGCAAGCAGCCAGAUAUCACAAACUGCAUGAGGGUCAUCCUUGUUGAUUGGCUGGUUGAAGUUUCUGAGGAAUACAAGCUUUGCUCGGAGACUGUCUAUCUGGCAGUGAACUACUUGGACCGCUUUCUCUCCUGCAUGUCUGUUCUCAGAGGAAAACUACAGCUUGUGGGAACUGCUGCAAUCCUUCUAGCUGCGAAAUAUGAAGAGAUCUAUCCUCCAGAGGUUGAUGAGUUUGUCUACAUCACUGAUGAUACCUACACCAAAAAGCAGCUCCUGCGUAUGGAGCACCUCAUGUUGAAAGUGCUGUCCUUUGACAUGACUGCACCAACCAGUCACCAGUUUUUGCUGCAGUACAUUUUGGAGGGAGAUGUCUGUGUUAAAACUGCAAAUCUUGCUUUGUACAUUUCAGAACUGAGUUUACUUGAAGUGGACCCCUUUCUGCAGUUUCUUCCGUCAAUGAUUGCUGCUGCAGCUUAUUGUCUGGCAAACUAUACUCUCAACAAAGCACUAUGGCCUGAUUCUCUGCAUGCUUUUACUGGCUACACUCUGGCUGAGAUUGCACUGUGUCUGCUUCAGCUCCAUCAGCUUCACUUGACUGCAGGAAGCUUGCCCCAGCAGGCCAUCUGUGAGAAGUACAGGAGCACAAAGUACUGCAGUGUAUCCCUGAUUAAACCAGUGGAUUGUUUGCCACUGCACUGAUGUCCAGUGACUCUGAAGCUAAAUGAACUGCAGCACUUACUCAUCCAUAUGUAAAUAGUGCAUGGACUGUAAAGUUUUUUUUUAAACAUUGAUUUUAAAUUUUUAUGUGAUUUUUAUCAUAGUUCAUAAUGCAACUUGUGAAAUCUGCAAUAAAAUUAGUCAUGUGCCUGGAUUCCUUGUUCAGGCAAUGGGUA